AUGCCCCUGGGACGGCCCUUUGGGGCACCGCUGCCCUUGUCUGGGCCCCUGCCCCACCUGGGGGCACCGAUUCUCCUGGGUUGGCUCCUGGGGAUGCAGCAGCCCCUGUGUGGUCUUCAAGGGGCGCCUGGGCAUGUGGGAAAGCCCCUGAGGGAACUUCUGCCUUUGGGAGGGCCCCUGAGAGAGCCACCGCCCCAGGGAACUCCCCUGGGAGCACCGCCAGCCCUGGGAGAACCCCUUGUGGCGACGCUGACAGUCGGAGGGCACCUGGGGGCGCUAUCACCAAUAGCAGGGCCCCAGUGGGCAUCGCCGACCCUGGGAGGCCCGUGGGAAAGCCGCUGCCUCUGGGAGAUCUCCGGGGGGCGCCGCAGCCCCUGGAAGGGCCUCUGGAGGCUCCCUGCAUUUGGAAGAGCCCCUGGGGGAGCCUCCGUCCCUGGGAUGGCCCUUGGGGGCGAUGUCACCCUUGGAAGGGCCCCUGGGACCGCCGCCGCAUCUGGCAAGGCUCUUUGGUUCGCCACCGCCUUUGGGACGGCCCAUAGAGUACCGCAGCCCCUGGGAGGUACCCCGGUGGUGUCACUGCUCCUGCGAGACCUCUUGGGGGCGCCACCGCCGUUGGGCGUGCCCCUGGGGGUGCUGCUGCCACUAAGGAGAGCCCCUAGCCCCUGGUGCCGCCGUCCAUGGAAGGGCCCCCGCCGCCACUGGGAAGGCCCCGGAAACCUUCGCCGCCCUUGGGAAGCCCGGGACGACACUGCUUCUGGGAAGACCCCUGGGGGCAUCGCCGGCCCUGGAAGGGUCUCUCCUGCCCCUGUGAGGGCCCCUCCUGCUCCUGUCAGGGCCCCCAUUGCCCAUGGGAGAGACCCUAGCGCCCCUAGGAUGGCCCAUGAGGGCGCCGAUGCCCCUAGGAGUGCCCCUUGGGAUGCCGAUUCCCCUGUGAGGGUCCCCGGGGGUGCUACCGCCCUUAGGUGGACCCUGGGAGCGCCACCGCCCCAGGGAAGGCCCCUAGAGGCGCUGCCACCCCUGGGAGAACCCUUUGAUUCGACACUCCUCCUGAGAGGGCCCCUAGAGGACUACCACCUCUAA